UCCUUGGUGUGGUCGGGGAAGUCGUUGCUGGAGGGCGCCACCGGAGGACAUUCCUGCCCCCAGGCCAUGAAGAAGUGGGGGUGGCAACGCAGCAGCCAGUAACGACCCCGAGAUGGACGGGGAGGACGGGGUGUCCUUCAUCAGCCCGCUAGGCACCCUCUACACCCCUCCUUUGAAAGUGAUGGAGGGUCACGGGGAAGUGAACAUCAAGCACUACCUCAACUGCAGCCACUGCGAGGUGGACGAGUGCUACAUGGACCCCGAGAGCCACCACGUCAUCUGUUUUUGUGACCACGGGACCACGCUGGCCGAGGACGGGGUCUCCUGCGUGGUGUCGCCCACCCGGGAACCCCACCUGCCGCUCUCGCUCAUCCUCUCUGUUGUGACCUCUGCUCUCGUGGCUGCCCUCGUGCUGGCCUUCUCCGGCAUCAUGAUCGUGUACCGCCGGAAGCACCAGGAGCUGCAGGCCAUGCAGCUGGAGCUGCAGAGCCCCGAGUACAAGCUGAGCAAACUCCGCACCUCCACCAUCAUGACCGACUACAACCCCAACUACUGCUUUGCCGGCAAGACCUCCUCCAUCAGCGACCUCAAGGAGGUGCCCCGGAAGCACAUCACCCUCCUCCGAGGCCUGGGACAUGGCGCCUUCGGGGAGGUGUAUGAAGGCCAGGUGUCGGCCGUGCCCGGCGACCCCAGCCCCCUGCAGGUGGCUGUCAAGACGCUGCCGGAGGUGUGCUCAGAACAGGACGAGCUGGAUUUCCUCAUGGAAGCCCUGAUCAUCAGCAAAUUCAACCACCAGAACAUCGUCCGCUGCAUUGGGGUCAGCCUGCAGGCCCUGCCUCGGUUUAUCCUGCUGGAGCUCAUGGCAGGAGGAGACCUCAAGUCCUUCCUCCGGGAGACUCGCCCUCGCCCGAACCAGCCAUCCUCCCUGGCCAUGCUGGACCUCCUGCACGUGGCUCGUGACAUCGCCUGUGGCUGUCAGUAUUUAGAGGAAAACCAUUUCAUCCAUCGGGACAUCGCUGCCAGGAACUGCCUCUUGACCUGUCCGGGCCCCGGCAGAGUGGCUAAGAUUGGGGACUUCGGCAUGGCCCGUGACAUCUACAGGGCCAGCUACUACCGCAAGGGAGGAUGCGCCAUGCUACCGGUCAAAUGGAUGCCCCCCGAGGCCUUCAUGGAGGGAAUAUUCACCUCCAAAACAGAUACAUGGUCCUUUGGAGUCCUGCUGUGGGAAAUAUUCUCCCUCGGAUAUAUGCCAUACCCCAGCAAAAGCAACCAAGAAGUUCUAGAGUUUGUCACCAGCGGAGGACGGAUGGACCCACCAAAGAACUGCCCUGGACCAGUAUACCGGAUAAUGACUCAGUGCUGGCAACACCAGCCUGAAGACAGACCUAACUUUGCCAUCAUUUUGGAGAGGAUUGAAUAUUGCACUCAGGAUCCAGACGUAAUCAACACUGCUUUGCCAAUAGAAUAUGGGCCACUCCUGGAGGAGGAAGAGAAGGUGCCCAUGAGGCCCAAAGACCCCGAGGGGAUCCCCCCUCUCCUAGUGUCUCCUCCUCAAAUGAAGCGGGAGGAAGGGCAGGAGCCCGCUGGUCUGGCCCCGCUGCCGUCCACCUCCUCUGCCAAGGCCCUGAAGAAGCCGCCAGCCGCAGAGCUCGCUGUUCGAGUUGCUAGAGGACCCGCUGGAGAAGGGGGACAUGUGAACAUGGCCUUCUCUCAGUCCAACCCACCCCCAGAGCUGCACAAAGUCCAGGGAUCCAGAAACAAACCCACCAGCCUUUGGAACCCCACGUACGGCUCCUGGUUUGCAGAGAAACCCGCCAAAAAGAACAAUCUUCCUACCAAGAAGGAACCACACAGCAGAGGGGACUUGGCCCGCGAGGGAAGCUGUACUGUCCCACCGAACGUGGCACCUGGCCGACUGCCAGGCACCUCUCUGCUCCUAGAACCUUCUUCGCUGACGGCCAACAUGAAGGAAGUGCCUCUCUUCCGGCUGCGUCACUUCCCGUGUGGCACCGUCAACUACGGCUACCAGCAACAGGGCCUGCCCCUGGAGGCCACGGCUGCCCCUGCAACGAGUCAUUAUGAGGACACCGUGCUGAAGACCCAGCCUGGGCCCUGAGUCCAGGGGAAGCCUGGGCCCAGGGAGGAGGGACAAGGAAUGACUCCUCUGCCAGAGACCAAAUGUCACUUUUCAUUUUGUGCCAACUUGUUUUGAAGUGCCACAUCGAGCAUGGUGUUUGCGACACGCUCUCGGAAGGGUUGGAAGGGGGCUUCUGCCAGUCUUUUGGGAGAGGUAAGCAUUGUAAAAGCGGGUGGGCGGAAGGCCAGGCCCUGGGGACUGUGUGGGUGUCGUGCUUGCCUGGUGGACCCUCCCUCUUGCUGUUUGCCCAUGUGGGGAGCCUCUGUCCUUCAGAUCCAGGGCUCUCAACUUGUCCUUGCCUGUCACUGGGGGCGGGAAUAGAAAGGAUGCUGUGCUUUGGACCAAUUGGCCUAGGGAAAGCCAGUGAGCACUUGGAAACAUCAGAGGCAGCUAAGCAAAACGCCGCCUUGAAGGUAUGGGGAUGCUUCUUCUAGCUGUGCUGCUGAGAUCGAUGCAAAUGGGGUGGGGGUGUCAGGGAAAGGCGUGCCUGCUCCUCUGUGGGAGGUACGGACAUCAACAUGCUUGAGUUUCAGACCCCAGUCCAGAUCCAGAGAUUCAGAUGUCCUAUCUCUAUGCCUCAUGCCUUAAGAAAACCUUCUCCUACUCCCAAACACAAGUGUGAGGUCUCUCCCCCUGGAUUGGAAAACUCAAGAGUCAAGUGAUCACUUCUU